CUGCAAAGAAGGGGAAAAGGGAGGCUGGAAACAAAGAGCUCACCCACACCUACUCACGGCUAACAAAAUGAGUUCAAACAGCACUACUGCCCCCAGUGCCCUCACGACGACCGCUGCUCUGACUACUGCCACGCCUGGCUUCAUCGAUGGCAUUAUUAACAAAAUACCUUUACCCAAAUGGGCUCUCAUCGCCAUCGCAGUUGCGGCAGGCCUUCUCCUCAUCCUCUUCCUCAUCUGCAUCAUCAAGUGCUGCUGUUGCAAGAAGAAGCACAAGAAGAAGGAGAAACUCAACUUGCAAAACAUCAAUGGCUCCACCACUGCCAGUCUGGUCCAGCCAGAUAUGGAAGAUUUGGAGUCUGGACUCGAGAACGAGAAGCGAGGAAGGCUGCAGUAUUCCCUGGAGUAUAACUUCCGUAGCCAGGAGAUGAAGGUUGGAGUGAAGCAGGCAGCAGAUUUAAAGGCCAUGGACAGUGGGGGGACCUCUGACCCAUAUGUUAUUGUCUAUUUAACAUCUGAUAUGAGGAAGAAGUAUGAAAGCAAGGUUUACCGGAAGACACUGAACCCUGUCUUCAAUGAGACCUUCACCUUCCAGAUUCCCCAGGCAGAGAUGUCCGAAUCCACUCUGGUGAUGCAGAUCUAUGACUUCAACCGCUUUGCCAAACACGACAUCAUUGGCGAGGUCCGGCUGCCUCUGGGCGACUUCGAUCUGCAGCACGUGAUUGAGCAGUGGCAAGAGCUCACUGCUGCCAGUAAGAUGGAGCAAGAGCGCCUCGGGGAGAUAUGUUUCUCACUCCGAUACAUCCCCAGCACCAGCAAGCUCACUGUGGUGAUCUUGGAAGCCAAGAAGCUCAAGAGGAUGGACUCCAGUGGAUUAUCAGACCCCUUCGUCAAAGUGCAGCUUAUCUUGAACAAGAAGAAAUGGAAGAAGAAGAAAACAGGUGUCAAGAAGAGCACUUUAAGCCCCUACUUCAAUGAGGCGUUUAAUUUUGAGGUGCCUUUCAACCAGAUCCAGAACAUCGACUUGGUGAUUUCUGUCUGGGAUCAUGACAAGGUGACCAAGAACCAACAGAUCGGCAAGCUGUUCCUGGGCUGCAGAGCCACGGGCAACCAGCUGCGCCACUGGUCAGACAUGCUGGCCAAUCCCCGCCGACCCAUCGCCCAGUGGCACAACCUGCAGCCGGUAGAAGAAGUGGACAACGCCCUGGGGCUCAAAUCCCACUUCAAGCUGCCUCUGCCUGGCAAAUAAAGGGAGGUUUCUAUCUCUCUCUCCACUUGGGAUCAUAAGGAACCUGAGACAAUGGGUGUGCUUGGAUGGAUGGUCUGGAGUGCCAAGGAAAGGCAAGAAGUGCCCAGCCUGGGAGAGUUGGGGGAUUUUGCUAUGAAAAAUCUGUAUCAAUUAGAUUUGUAGCCAAAAUAUAAGUGAGCAAGAACCAAGUUCCCCAGGCCAUGUUGGGAGCUGGUCACUCAUGCAUCUGGCACCUUAGGGUAAUGACAAGAGCUUUGAGAGCACCAGAACCUACAAUCCAUCCCCAGGAUAACUAUCCUCUUCGAGCCAGUGGAGGGAACUGGAUGGAACAUGUCUCUGUGCUAAAUUUUGGGGUUGAGAGUUGAUGCAGAGACGUGUACCCAAGGCAGGGUGGGUGGGGAUCUGGAAACAGCCUGGCCUCGCGUGAGGAGGGGGAUACUGGCAAUGUACGGACACAUGGAGUGGGUUAUUUCCACUGUGUCUAGGAGAGAGAAAUACAUGCGACUGAAAAUAAUGCAAUGAUGACACUUCCUUUGACACAAACCUGCACAAUAGCAACAACACAGUUCAAUGGACUGGCACGGAUGGAUGGGCUGCUUCUUACUGGAAGGAUCCAGGUGGGAUGAUCAUCCAUAAUCAUGUUUUACUCAGGGGGAGGGCAUUCCUAGAAGGAAAGACAUGAUGUCAAGGAGUCUGGUCCUCAGACUGAGGGGCAGAAGGACAGACUUGCAGUCAAGGCACUGGAGACCUGGGUUAAAUUCCCUGCUCUGCUACAGGCUUCCAGUGGACUUUAGGCAUGUCACCUAGUCUCUCAAUGGGAAUACCAGGGCUGCCCUACCUCCUAGGCAUGGGGUGGGGCACCCACUUUGACACAAAGGUCAUGGGGCUAUAUACCUAGUUAGACAGACCUUCUGUGAGGAUCCCGUCCUCAGUUCUAGGAGCCACUUCACAGCCAGUGAGCUUGGUGUGUGUCGGUUAUGGUGUGCUCUCCCUACCUGGCUGGAUGCUGCUGCUGUAUUUAACAUGGAUUAACUCCCCUUGAUUGCAGCAAAUAGACACUGACAGGCUCCUCUAGUACUUCUGUGC